AUGACCCAAAUACUAGUGAAUGAGAAGCUCCACACCGCAUGUGACGGGUGCCGAACCAGAAAGCUGAAGUGCUCAGGCAAUACGCCAGAUUGUGUGCGAUGCAAAAGGGAGAAGAUAGCAUGCGUCUACUCACCUCGGAAGCAAAUGGGACGGCCAAGGAAGAGGAGAAGGGAUGGGGAGGCCGACGAGCCUGCCACCAUCUUGAACGAAUCCCCUGUGAUUUCCAUCUUCUCAGACAUCGGAUUAAUUUCUCCGCCACAUCCACACGAUGCCAACAACUCCAGUGGUACCACGGCAAACGUUGCACCAUCACAGCAUGACCUCAGUUUUCCAGAGUCCUUCAGAUUAUCACCUGUCUCAAAUCUAGAUUUCAACUUGGACCCUCCAAUCGACCCUUCCUUAUUUGAUCUCCAACCCAUCUCCCCGCCCAAUGCAGUCGACGACCCAUCCUCGAACCAGUCAAAUAUGGCCCCCUGCACAUGUCUCUCCAUCAUGUACCUGACUCUCACAGAACUCCAAUCUGUCCAGUCCUUCUCCUUUCCUCAAGUAAUCGUGCCUCUCCGAAAAGCCAUGUCCACCCUCUCCGACCUAAUCUACUGCCCACAAUGCCCCAAAGAAGCCUUCAGCGCAAUUCAAAACAUACAAUCCAUCGUCUCGCUCUUCAAAGCAAUAGUCGAGCGUUUCAACAAAGUACUUCUAGAGGUCGAUGCGGAAGCCGAGCGUCUCCAACAAAGUGGGCAGAAAAAACCGUACCGUGUUGGCGACAACAAUCCCGCGCUGCAUCACCUACAUACUGGCACGCUGGACUGUCCUAUGGGGUUUAACAUCGAGCUAGAAGCGAGUGAUUGGAGAAAAAUCGUGAAGACGGCGUUGCGGACAGAGAUUAGAGGUGGGGGGAGUAAUCCGAGGCCUCUGAUGGAUCUGCUUGAAGAGAUCGUAGCGAGACAAGAGAGGUGGCACGCCGAGAAGGAAUUUUGGACUGAAGAAAGGCGGCACUUGUUUGGUGGUGGAGCGCAUGAGUGUAAUGAACCGAAGACAUGUGAGACAUUGGGGGCGGAUCAUAUUCGACGGGCGAUUGACCGUUUGAACUGGGAGUAA